GAAACGCUCAGAGGCACCUGGCGGCACUGAAGCAUUGAACAUGGUUCUGCUCAAAGUGCUUGUAUUCACUUUAACUUUUAAUGAAUUAAUUGUUGAUUUGGAUGCUUGCCCACCAGGUCAAAGAGUAGCACGUGACAGGACAAAUUGUGAAGCUUGUCCCAAUGGAUAUUAUUCUGCUGAAGAGAAUCACACCCAACACUGCAAACCAUGCACAAAGUGCAGUGGCAAAUAUGGAAGUGAUGUGAAAGAAAACUGCACCAAUGUGACAAACACAAAGUGUCAGUGCCGUGGAGAAUUUCUUCCCUCAGAGAGGGAUUCUUCCACUUGCAAAUGUAGCAUUGGAUUUGGAUUCAGCCCUGGAGAGUGUAAAAAAUGUGAAGAUGGAUAUUUCAACACACAACUGAACUCGCCCUGUCGAAAAUGGACAGAAUGUAAAUCAGGAGUGAAAACUCGUGGAAGUAGCACAUCAGAUGUCACCUGUAAUCUAGAUUCAACAAGUAACCUUUCUAUCACUACAACCCCGACGUCAAGCAAAAUUAUUUCUAUAAUCACACGCUUAACAACCACCAACACCACCAUCAACACAGCUGCUCGAGUUCCCACAGCAAGCAAAGUGCAGCCUCCCAGCGUAACAUCCCACCAUCCAACCACCACCACCACAGCUGCUCGAACACCCAGAGUGCCCUCAAUGGGGAAAGGGCAGCCUUCCCCCACACCAGACACGGGAACCUACAGUGGUCCAGGUAUGACCCUCCUCAUAUUUGGAAUUAUUGGACUGCUUCUACUGACCGUUGUGAUCUGCAAGUUCCACAUUACUCCUCAACCAGCAGAACAAAAAAAUGACUCAUUGUGUCGAAGGCCAGUUGAGGAAAGCGGCGACAGCAUCCAGUCUCCUCUCAAACUGAAUCCAGAGGAGUAAUGAGGUGAAACGUUCCUCAGCAUGAAACUGUCGACUAAGACUGUGAAUUUUUAGAUCAGAAUAUCCGUAUAUGAAUAACUUCACACUUAUCACUUAUGUUUUCCUUUUAGUGUUGGUUUUACAUUAGAAAACACAUCAGAAAAAAGACCUUUUACUGUAUCUGUAUUAUAGCAGGUGUAUUCACAGUCUAUCGUCAAUAUUUGACUUUUGUUUGUUCUGUUGCAAUAGAAUACAGGGCAAAUAAUGUGAAAGAUUUGUUUUAAAUCAUACCUCA